AUGGUACUGGCCAGUCGUGCAGUUUUUGGGCCGAUCGCGGGUCACGCGGAUCGAUCAGCGAACACGACCUGCCACGCUAAUUGGGCUUGGCCAUGGCUGCCGGAUCAUGGGAAUUUGAUUAACGAGGCCAACGUGCCCCUUUGUCAGCUUGUCCUGUCUGUGCUGGCGCUUUCGACCUUGCUGCUGGCCGAUGCUAAGCCGGACGGAUACGCGCACUCUUUCCAGCACUUCCACGGGCCGGUGAUGGGCGACGAGCACGAAGUCACCUGGAUGGACAAUCACGGCCACCACCAUGAGGACUACGUCGCUCAUCCCCAUUACGCGUUCUCGUACGGGGUCGAGGACCACCAUACGGGCGAUUAUCACGGGCAGAAGGAGCAGAGAGACGGCACAGAACUGUUCGGGGAAUAUACUGUGAAGGAACCGGAUGGCAAUAUCAGAACGGUGAAGUAUCGCGCGGGCAAAGACGGAUUUCAUGCCGAAGUGCACAACAGCCGGCGAAGCGAUCAUCAGCACGACGCCUAUCAUCACUAGGAUCAUUAUUAGCCGAACACUAUCCUCUACCCUGAAGAGCGUUUUCUUCUUUUUCUUUUCUUUUCUUAAUUUUCUACCAAGUAUUCUUGUUAAGUCUCAUUGACGUCUCAUCUCUAUGUUGCACUCAUUAAAAGAGCAAUCGAGUACCUAUUUUAAUACUGUCAUCUCCUUUUUCUUGACAGGGUCGCUUCUAGUUUUACGCCUAGUUUCACAAUAUUGCGUCUUUCAAUACUGCGAAGUGGCUUUAAAGGUGUUGCGCGAGUUCAAUAAGUUGAAGCAGUCGCGCCAAUUAUCGGGCUGCUAUUAUUUUUUGGGAGGGAUCAUUACCGCUUCCGAGGAAAUUCAAUUGAUUGUAAUUGGCGAUAUUGGAUUAUUAGGCCAAUUUCCGGAACUAAUAACUCGUCUACGGUUUCCUGAAGAAACAUUAUUGCGAAAGUACGGUAUAAAGGAAAUUACCACGCUUUUUGUUCCCUGUUUUAUAUACCCUUUUUCAAUCUUCUAUACGCGUACGCCACUUAACUUUAAUUACACGGUGCAUAUCGGAUUAAACAACAUUAAAAGUUCAUUAUUCAUAAAUAAUAAAAGUCGUUGAUGAAGCAACGGAAAACUUUGGAGAACGUCUGUAGGGAAACGCACUAACUUGUAUUUCCCAAAGCAUUCUGCAUAUUGAUUUAACAUUUAAAUUACCACGUUACUCAUAUAUCAAUGACGCGCGUGAGUUUCCGCAUAGGCCCCGUCACUCAUACAUGUGUUGCGAUUUCAAGCUUAAAAGGAAAUUAUUUUAUUAACCAUAUAUUUAUAGAAAUGUUGAAGGAAAAUAAAACAUCAUCUGUAUAAUACCAAUAAUGUAAGAAAAAAAUUAUUAUAAUAUUAUCACUUGUUCGCAGUGGAGAUUAGCUGAGCAGUCCAAGCGUUAAUGCAGCUCGAAUAUUUAUGUUUGCGAAUAUUUAUUUCUGCAGAAUACAGAGACGUACCUUCAAAGUCGCAUCAAAAAUUGAAUCGCACUUUAUUGCUGUCGCGGAACAGCACGGUAAAAAACUUGGCACAUCCACCUUACGUUCACUUGUUCGUAUCCCCAGUACUCGGGUGCUACUUGAAAAUGAUUGCCGCGGUGAAAGCAUAUCGCGAUAGGCAUUCGGCAAAUAGACGCAAUACUCGAAAUUCAAUUUGUUGCAUGGCCUAUAUGCAGGCAAGCGAGAUAUUGUUUGCCCCAAAAUUACUUCCCGUUCUCUCCCGCGAAGAGCCCCGGAUCGCAGAAAUUCGUAGCUGCAAUCGAAAACCGAUAUGCCGAGAACGGCCGAUGAAAUUCUGGGAAGAACAUGUUUCCUUUUUUUUAUAUAUAGUAAAGGAGAUGCUGAGGCCGAUCCUGAUUGAGUAAUCCCUAUGUAUAAAUCUCGUAGCGAUUUGACAACAAUAUCUUUAUCCGAAAAUAACAUGAUACAUUGUCAUUUAUCCUCAAUUAAUUAACAUGCCGUCGAGUAAUAUGACGUUGUGAUUACCAUACAUUAUUAAAUUAUUAAAUCUGAUAGUUACAACACGAACAUUUACGCAAUUUGCAAGCGCAUCGCACCUCGUUUCGCAUAAUUUCUUUUCAUGUAUAAAUAUAAAGCGCGGGGAUCAUCGUGUAUGUGUGUUGUGUGUGUGUGCGCAUGUUUCCCCAAAAUACAAUAAAGGAUUCGCGCAC